CCGCGGCGCCGGUAUGGGGUCACGUGAGCGCCCGCCCGGCCGCCCGCGGAUCCUCGAGGAGGAGGAAUGGAGGAAGGGAGAAAGGGAGAGGGAACAGGGCACAGGGGGGUCUCGCGGGGAAACUGAGGCUGCGGAUGGAAAAGCGGGAGUGGCGCAGGGAAGGACGGCGCAGCCAAGCUCCGGGAGCGGUGUGUCCGCGGGGAAGGGCUGGGGAGGCUGCGGAAAGCAGCGCCACAAUCACCGAUGUUGUACUAAAAGCUGCCGGAUUCCGGCUAAUUGGCCUCUGCUACCAAUUGCACUCCCUCCGCCCGAGAGCACUUCCCUGCUGCCCAGCCCAGCUCCCGGCCUAGACCUCACGGGUGGGCGCUUUCUGCUGCCGCUCUGCACCGGGACACGCCGCCCCAGACCGUGUGUGCUCUGCCCCAGAUCAGCACUCCUCACCCCAAACCACCGCUGCUCUGCCCCAGAUCAGCGUGGCGAAAUGAAUUCGCAGCAAGCAGGGAGGAACCGGCUCAAGGAAUCACCCAGCAGGAGCAGCCCCCAGGGCAUCGCUGUGCACCUGACUCUGGUUUUCUCUGCUGGUGUCGUGACAGAAACUGCCCGAUGGCGUCAGAACUGCUGCACAUCGAGUCCACAGGAGGCCAGGAUGAGCAGAGGGCACCUCUCCCAUGAAGGAAGGCUGGGAGAAUUGGGAUUGUUCAGUUUGGAGAAAAGAAGGCUCCAGAGUGACCCAAUUGCAGCUUUUCAGUACCUUUCUCAUCUGGGAGCUGACAAGAAAGAUGGAGAGAAACUGUGGACAAAGGCCUGGAGUGCCAGGGCAAGGGGGAAUGGCUUCCACUGCCAGAGAGCAGAAAUAGAUGGGAUAUUGGGAAGAAAUCCUUCCCUGUGAGGGUGGGGAGACACAGGUUGUCCAGAGCAGCUGCCCCUGGAUCCGUGGAAGUG